GUUCCACAGUGCAUAGAACCCCUUCUACAACCGAUCCUUAACGUCUCUAGAUAUCACACACGACAUAAUUACUCAAAUGACAAUCAGCUCCACAUCGGCCUAAUUUACACAAUUAACUUAUCGACAAUACAAGUAUACACCCCUCUAAGACGACUCCCAUAAUGCCUCCCAAACGCCCCAGCAAACGCACCACCACCACCAGCAGCACAGCCCAAUCCACCCUCGCAUUCCACGGUGCUCAAGGCGCACGCAUCACAAAAUCCGGCGCCGCCCAAACAGCUACAAAAUCGAAAUACUUCAAGGCCAGUGCGCCUGCGAAGCGCUCCAUCUCGCCGACGCCCGCAGACGAGCCUGCGAGCGCACAGAUCGACGUUGCAACACCGGCCAAAGCAGAGGAGGUUCCCAAACAGAAGACAAACGAAGAAGAAAACGUAAAUGUAGAAUACGAAGAAGAACACGAGGCGUUUGUUGCGCCGGCAGUGAAGGCAGAGACGGAGACCGCACACAGAGACGAGAACGAGACCGAGGCAUUGAAGAUUAGCGAUGCGCGGAUCCGGAAGUAUUGGGCGGCGAAGGAGCGCGAGAGGAUUGCGAAGAGGGUGCAUCAAGGUGGUUUGAGCACGGAGGAGAAGGUGUUGAGAGAGUUUGAUAUUGCGGCGAAGUUUGGGCCUUGUGUUGGUAUAGCACGCAUAAAGCGCUGGAAAAGAGCGAAGAAGCUUGGCUUGGAGCCGCCGGUUGAGGUUUUGGCUGUAUUGCUGAAGGAGGAGGGAACGAGAGAAAGGGCGUAUGUGGAUGAGUUGAUGGGCACACGGUUUGUGCAGUAGCCUGUGGCAGAGACGUGAGGAAAGAGCAAUAUCAAGUCAAAGGAACCGGUUGGAGUCAGGGUGUUUUAUUGGGUUGUGCAAUUAUGGCGUCAGAUC